AUGAAGAUUUUAAAAACUUUAAUAGUAUACUUUUCUUUUUUAUUUGCUAUGGUUCAUAGCGAAUAUGUAUUAAUGGAAAAUUAUGAAAAUGGAUCAUCAUGUUCUGGUGAAUCUUUAAUCAAGGGAUCAAUUUUGACUAAAACAUGUUUCUACAAUAAUAAUUUUUCUUCAGUUUACUUAGUUUCUGGGAAUAAAGUUAUUGAGAGAAGAUAUCGUGAUUCCAAUUGCAAUCUAUAUCUUGAAGAGGUAAUUUAUGAACCAAACUAUUGUAAUUCUACAAGUGGUGAUACAUUAAAAUUCUCAAUUUUAGAUAAUAUAGAUUUCCCAUCAAAUAUUUAUGUUACUGUUGACUAUAGUGGUGAAUGUAAUGGUCAAUAUAAAGAUACUUUUGUAAGCUUCAAUUAUUAUAAUUUAGAUUUUUGUAGUUCAUCUAACAGAGUAUCAAGUAAAAUGUCUUGUAAUUCAACUUCAAUUUUGACUAAUUCGUAUAAAAACUUAGAAUGCUCAGGUUCCCCAUCUCAUACCGACGUCACCCCAUUUUUUAAUUAUUGCACUUCUUAUUCAGGAACCUACAAUCAUUUAGAAUUUUGUAACCUAUAG